UAGUGGUUCUUCUUCUUCCUUUGCUCUCCCCUCUUCUCGAACUCAUGCGGUGCUAUUUCGAUGAAGUGACUAAACUUAUUUCUUAUAAGAUUAAAGCAAGUAGGAACUGGACAAUAGAAUCCUCAGAUUAAGAUUAUUCUUUCUCAGGUUUCUUAUUUAGGAGUUAUCCUUCAUAGAGUUUUUAAUCCUCCCAGCAGAGUAUUUAAGUGAGAGAAAAUGGUCAUCCAUUCUGCAUUGAGUCUCAACUUUUGUGCACUUUCAUCAUUCUCUGUUCCCAAAGCGGGGCAACAGGGUAGUUCUUGCUCUUCUGCUAACUACCUAUUACCGUCUCCUUUGAAACGUCUGACUUGCUUUGCCACUUCAAGAAAGUCCAAAGAGGAACAUGUGCCUGAUCCUAAGCAUAACUCUGGUUCAAGGCCUAGGAAAGCUACAAGGUCCAGCGAAAGCAAAGUUUCUCUUAAUGAAGACAAAGAUCCCGUCGAGAUCUUCCCUGCAACAAUCCCUAAAAAGCCAAGACGUGGCCGCAGGAGCGAAGCAGCUGCAGUUGAGGAUUUUGUUCGUGAUUCAUUAGAAAAGACAUUUGCUUCUAUCCGGGAGCAGAACUCUGAAAUAAUAAAAGAUACCGAGAAUAUCCUCAAAGAUAGGGUUGAUGAUGACACUGAUUCUGAUCAAAGUAGUGAAGAUGAAGAUGAUAGUAGCAGGGAUAUGAAAGAAAAGAAAAUGAUCGUUGAGGAGGAGGAUCCAGAUUGGCCUCUAGAUGCAGAUGUUGGAUGGGGAAUAAGAGCAUCAGAGUAUUUUGACAAGCAUCCAAUAAAAAAUGUAGUAGGAGAAAAUGGAGUUGAGAUCGAUUGGGAGGGGGAGAUUGAUGAUUGUUGGGUGAAGGAAAUCAAUUGCCUAGAGUGGGAGAGCUUUGCUUUUCAUCCCAGCCCCCUCAUUGUUCUUGUUUUCGAGAGAUACAAUCGGGCUAGUGACAAUUGGAAAGCUCUUAAGGAGCUAGAGAAAGCAGCCAAGGUGUACUGGAGUAACAAAGAGCGCUUGCCUCCUCGGACUGUGAAGAUUGACAUAAAUAUUGAGAGGGAUCUAGCCUAUGCUCUUAAAGUUAAAGAAUGUCCGCAAAUAUUGUUCUUACGAGGAAAUAGGAUACUCUACAGGGAAACAGACAUUCGAAUGGCUGAUGACCUGGUUCAAAUGAUAGCAUAUUUUUACUACAAUGCAAAAAAACCUUCCUGCAUUAAUGAUGCAGCUUUAUCUCAGCGGAAGUAGUCAGCAGAGACAGAACCUUGGAGGAAUGACUGGUCGAAACGUCAUGAUGUUAUUAUCUGCCUGAUGCCUCUAGCUGCUGAUGUAACUUGCAAGUGGAAGGUUGAAGAAAAAGGUUAUAUUCUAUGCAGAGCUUAAAGUAGCCUAUGCUCCAUACAAUAUAGAAGAGGAUAGUUGGAAAGAGAAGUUUCAGUUGCCAUGAUCUUACUUUAGUUUUAUUUGCUUGUUUACCUGUCAUGCUAGCCUAAGAUGUCUAUAAAAUACUUUAUACGAAUUACAAAAGUUCAUGUCAUCUUCUGCUACUUAUAUCUACUCUUUCUUGACCCUGCAA